GGCAGGGCGGUGCGGCGGCGCGGUGGCCCGCACCGUACGGCAGCGGCCACAGCGCUGCCUGACUGGCGGCUGCGCUGCGAGGGUGGGCGCCAGCGCUGGCGCUACCUGGGCGACGGCGAUAGCGAUGUCAGUGGCGAAGACAGCGGCGAGAAGCGUGCGCAGACGGUGCUGGAGGAGCACAGCCUCGGCCUGGACACGGCAAAGACGCUGCAGCCCUUGCCGGCAGCCGGCACGGCCCGGGAGGCUGCCCACAAGGGCAUGCAGUUCUACGCUGCCCUGCAGGCCGAGGAUGGGCACUGGGCCGGCGACUACGGGGGACCUCUCUUCCUUCUGCCAGGUCUCCUCAUCACAUGCCACACUGCCAAGAUCCAGCUGCCAGAGGGGGUUCGCAAAGAGAUGGUGCGCUAUCUUCGCUCUGUGCAGCUCCCAGAUGGAGGAUGGGGCUUGCAUGUAGAAGACAAAUCAACAGUAUUUGGCACAGCACUCAACUACAUAGCCCUGAGGAUCCUGGGUGUUGGACCAGAUGACCCUGACAUUGUACGGGCCCGUGUCAACCUGCACAGCAAAGGAGGUGCCGUGGGAAUUCCUUCCUGGGGGAAGUUUUGGCUGGCUGUCUUGAAUGUUUACAGCUGGGAGGGAAUGAAUACGCUUCUCCCAGAGAUGUGGCUGCUUCCUACAUGGUUCCCAGCCCACCCAUCCCGGCUCUGGUGCCACUGCCGCCAGGUUUACCUCCCCAUGAGCUACUGUUACGCCAAGCGUUUGUCAGCAGAAGAGGAUGAGCUCAUACAAAGCUUGCGGCAGGAGCUGUAUGUACAAGACUACACCAGCAUAGACUGGCCAGCCCAGAGGAACAACGUGGCUGCCUGUGAUGUCUACACACAACACAGCUGGCUGCUAAGGCUUGCCUAUGCCAUCAUGAAUAUAUAUGAAGCCCACCACAGCAGUCACCUGCGGCAGCAAGCCAUCACAGAGCUGUAUGACCACAUCAAAGCUGAUGACAGAUUCACCAAGUGUAUCAGCAUUGGGCCGAUUUCCAAAACAAUCAACAUGCUGGUUCGCUGGUUUGUGGAUGGGAAGAACUCCCCAGCUUUUCAGGAGCAUGUUUCCAGGAUCCCUGACUAUCUCUGGCUGGGCCUUGACGGCAUGAAGAUGCAGGGCACAAAUGGAUCUCAGCUCUGGGAUACUGCUUUUGCCAUCCAAGCUUUCCUGGAGGCAGAAGCCCAGAAGAUGCCUGAAUUCACAUCCUGCCUCCAAAAUGCCUAUGAGUUCCUCCGGUUCACCCAGAUCCCAGAGAACCCACCUGACUACCAGAAAUACUAUCGCCAGAUGAACAAGGGUGGCUUUCCCUUCAGCACCCGAGACUGUGGCUGGAUUGUGGCAGACUGCACAGCGGAGGGGCUGAAGUCAGUUAUGCUGCUGCAGGAGAAGUGUCCCUUCAUAGCCAAGUGUCCCUCUGAGCGUCUCUUUGAUGCUGUGAAUGUGUUGCUGAGCAUGAGGAACUCAGAUGGAGGGUUUGCCACCUACGAAACAAAGCGAGGAGGUCACUUACUGGAGCUGUUGAACCCCUCUGAGGUGUUUGGUGACAUCAUGAUUGACUACACCUACGUCGAGUGCACAUCAGCUGUCAUGCAGGCACUGAGACACUUCCAUGAUAUGUUCCCUGAGCACAGAGCCCCAGAGAUCAGGGAAACUCUGCAGAAGGGCCUGGACUUCUGUUGCAAGAAGCAGCGAGCUGAUGGGUCAUGGGAAGGGAGCUGGGGUGUUUGUUUCACCUAUGGCACCUGGUUCGGUCUGGAGGCAUUUGCCAGUAUGCAGCACACAUACCACAAUGGGGCUGCAUGCCGAGAAGUGGCCCAGGCCUGCCAGUUCCUCCUCUCCAAGCAGAUGGCAGAUGGCGGGUGGGGAGAGGAUUUUGAGUCAUGUGAGCAGCGCACCUAUGUGCAGAGUGCCACAUCGCAGAUCCACAACACGUGCUGGGCCCUGCUGGGGCUCAUGGCUGUCAGGUAUCCUGACACUGAUGUGCUGGAAAGGGGCAUCAAAGUGUUGAUUGAUAAGCAGCUACCCAACGGGGACUGGCCUCAGGAGAAUAUUUCUGGAGUAUUCAACAAGUCGUGCGCUAUCAGUUACACCGCGUACCGCAACGUCUUCCCCAUCUGGACGCUGGGGCGUUUCUGCCGGCUGCAUCCCAGCAGCCCUCUCGCUGGGCAACUGCAAUCCGCAUCCUUGGCUGGUGUGGGAAAGACCUUGUCUGCUUGAACCUAGACUGUCCUAGAUACCAGCUGCUGCACAGGGACACAGGGAUGUUUGCUGCAUGGGAUAUCUCAACACUGAUCUUAAUGCGUGGCCUGCUGCCUUUGCAGCACCACGGCAGCAAUUCUCCCUGGCAGAGUCUCCAUCUUCUAUUGAACCUCUUCUAAAAAUCCACUUUUAAUGAUUUUUCCCAGGUGUAUCCUACCUCACAGGAUGGAGGGCAAAGUGCCUUUUCAGACCAGUUUGAUGAUCUGAGAAGAGAAAGCUGUCAAGCUGUGUUGUGUUACACAUCUAGACAGACUCUCUCAUCCUGGGUAGAGCAAGGCUGCCUUUAUCUUCCCCUCCUGCUGUCCAGGCUGGCUGUCUGCAGAAUGUGGGUUUGGGGGCCUCCUCUGUGCCUGGCGUGAUUGGGUGCAAUGCACAAUCUCUGCUGAGCUGGCCUCUGUGCUGUGGAUGCCAGUGACUGCCUUUGAAAUACUCUGGUCUGGAGCCUGUGCUGGGAGGGGAAGGCAACAUGUCUUCCUCCAGACAGAUGGGAAAGAGGAGUGCUUCACUCAGUUUUCUUCCUAUCCUGUGCCCCAGCUGGUGGCACAUGACUUGCCACAGCCUCAGAGGUGAAAUCAGCAAUGUCAUUCCCAUUUUGAAAACAGGGAAACUGAAGCAGAAAACACUGAGGUGGUGAGCAUCAGGGCACAGCCACUCCCUGGGCGCUAGUCUUCCCCCAAAGAAGCGGGUGGCUCUGUUCAGGCUAUGGUGCAGUUGGGCAUUCACAUUUUGUUGUCCGAGUUGGAAGUCAUGCUGACUGACAGGUUAAUAAAUUGCUAAUGGUGUUGCAA